UUAUUUAUACUGCUGAUUUGUUUAAUUGUUUGCCAAGGGAAAAAGCACUUCAAAAACAACGAUGAUUCUUCGCAGGAAAGCAAAUCGACUUUCAUAACCAUCAAACUGCCAGCGAAUGUUGCCACGCACAAUAAAGGUUGUGUAUACGAUGGUGUUGUCCGACAUCAUAGCGAUGCCUGGUCCCCAGGUCCCUGUAUUCCAGAAUGUCGAUGCUCACAUGGUCAUGUAAAGUGCUCUAAAAUAGAAUGCCCGGAUUUAAACUGUGACAAGCCCAUCAAGAAAAAGUGGAAAUGCUGCGCAGAGUGCUUACCUUUAAUGGAUAACGGGACCACUUGUGGCGUGUGGAGUAGGGAUGGCAACGGUAAUGGUGGUUGCUGUGUGUUUCCUUUCGAGUAUAACGGCGUCAAGCAUUACACUUGUACUUACUUGGAUCACAACAAGCCAUGGUGCUCAAUCUCUACUAAUUUUGACCGGGAUGGAGUCUGGGGAGAGUGUAUAGAUGACGGUGAUACACCUAAGACAUUACGAUUCAAAGAUCACAGAGGAGAGGCUCAACAACAAUACAAAAGCACAGAUGAUCUUAUAUCUAGCAUAGCAAACAACGUGGCUAACAGUGUCUCGAACGAGAGUGCAAGCGGGUCAAAUGCUAGUCCUGCAAUCCCGGAGUCCAGUGUGACCACACCCUCAGGUGCAGCUGCAACAGUCAAUCCAGCCAGUGUACAACCUUCAAAAACCGCGAUAAUGCCGGCUUCAUCAGUAAAUGCAUCUCCUUCUGCCGCUAAUAAAACUGUUCAGCCGUUACCCACGAAGUCGAUUCAGCCACAAGCCACGGGUACGAUAGCUGUUGCGACUGCAAAUGCAACAGCCAUGCCAUCUCCCUCUCCGAGUGUUGGAGGCCCUGUGGUAUCACAGAUAAAUACUAGUAGUGCAGUUCAACCAGCCAGCAAUCAGUCAGUUGCUGUUAUGGCCAGCAGUGUUCAACCAGCAGCUUCACAGUCAGUGACACAGGCAGGCCAGACCGCAGUUAUAGGGCAGCCAGGAGCUAUACCGACGCCAUCCAUUGGAAUGGGAGGUGCAGCGGCCGGGGCGGCCACACUCCCGCUGCCAGGUCCAACACCACAGGUAACUCAGCAACCGCAACCACAGGUAACUCAACAGCCAUCACCUCAGCCCUCUCAACAACCAGCACUACCACUUCCCGAACAGCCCACUCCACAGCCCGGUCAACAACCAGCUUUACAGCCUGCUCCUGCUCCUGCUCCGGUACCAGGCCAGCCACCUGUGGAGGGUGUAACUCCCGGCUCUCCUUUCCCGAUAUCGCAGACAACACUUACUCCUGGAGAGACCCAGGCUCCAGGAAAUGCUCCCGGCCAAGCUGGUCAAGCUGUGCAUCAGUUGACGACAACAGAAUAUAACCCAAACCAUAACAUCACAACGACUGAGUCUUGGUUUGGCAAACCUAACGAAACUCUCAACAGGACCAACGAAGUAAUGAAUCAAGUUGGACAAAGUAAUCAGGCAUCAUACGGCUAUCAAGAAGCCUCGUCUCAGCGUUAUUACCAGAACCAGGCUCCCUACAAUGAUCAACCAAGCAAUUCCCAACCAGAUUACUCAUCUUAUAACACACAGAGCAGUCCUCAAGCAGAUUACAUGUCUUACAGCUCCCAGCAGAGCAGUCCUGAAAACAAUUAUCCGUCCUAUAACGCACAGUCUUACAAUAGCUAUGACAACACCGCUUACCAGCAGUACGACAGAUCACAGACUCAAGAUACCGCGGGACAAGCCAAUUAUUAUUCAAACGAACAACAAUACCAACAGCAGUAUGGUGCGGACCCAGGGUCAUACUACACGGGAUAAAACAUGACGUACCCUCUAGUUUCAAUCACUUUCCGGAAAUCUGACUUGAAUCUUUGAUGUUACAUCAAGUUUUAUAACUGAGUUUUGCUGAUGUUGUCUAUUCAUAGAACAGAGCUCCACCAAAGAUGUUUUUGUUUCUGAAUUUUAAGUUCUAUAAGUUCUUUCUUGUAAACCUUGGAGGUCGAGAACGACGCUCACUUCUUGUUUUGACUCGAGCAAUCUCUGCGAAAAACAAAACAGAAUGCUUAGCUUCCAAAGAGAUUUCUCGCUCAAUUAUCUCCGGAUACAAUAUUGAAAAUUACGAGUCAAGGCCAUGAAAGUUUUGUUUGUUAAUAAACGUUAAUUUAACUGA